UUUUUUUUUUAAAAAAAAAAAAAUGGCACAUCCACUUUCAGAAGAAGUACGAGCCGAUGAGAAAAGAGAAAAAAGACUUAACUCUUUAGAACUAAGGACAAUAGAAGUAGAAAAUACGUUAUUAAGAACCUCAAAAGCAGCGUUAGAAAAACGUGUUGCAGAACUUGAGGCUUCUUUAAAAGAGUCAAAUGAGGAAUGUAACAAGUUGAAACAAACCAUAGCACAUAUAAGUGUGAAAAGUCCUGAAAAGGAAGUUUCCUCUUUAAAGAACAUAGAGAAAGAUGAAAAAGUUUUAAAUAAUACCACCAAUGAAGAUAUAUCGGAUGAUAUAUCGGAUGUAAUAUCGAAUAUAAACAAAGAAGAAGAAAUUAUAUACGAACGUAUCUUAAAACUUGUCGAAAAUAUGAAAUCUGAUUGCCAAAAAGCGAUAAAUAUGAAGAUUCCAACAGAAUCUCAAUUACCAAUGAGACCGAUGAGACAAAGUGCAAAAUCUAUCUCAUCAAAAUCACCUAGUCCAACUGAUGGUCUCAUAUCACCUUCAAAAACGAUCAGUAGACCAUGGACGCCAGUUUCUAUUCCAACUUCAAGAAAUGUAACCCCUUCAGGAGCGAUUUCACCACCAAAUUCAUUGUCAAGUCACAUUCCAACAAAGAAUCCUACUUCACCAAAAGCUUCUCAUUUACCCUCUAGAUCUAAUACUCCUUCAGGAAAUCAUUAUCAAUCAAAUUCUGUUAAUUCAAUUCAAAAUAAUUCUUUAGCAUCAUCACUAAAUAAAAAACAAAGACCAAGAACAGGAAGUUGUUGCUCUAAUAUCCCUUCUCGACCCCACACACCUCCACCAGCAAAUAUUCAUCCAACUAUUACAACCGGUAUUCCUUCCGGUCUUUCAUCUGGAAUUCCAUCCAAGUUACAACAAUGUCGUCGAACAGUUACUUGUUAAUUUGGCGAUUGUAAAUAUAAUUAAUCUGAUCAUCAUCAAAUCCAAAAAAAAAAAAAAAANNUUUAAUUACUCGCCUUUA